AUGCCGGGUUCGGGCAAAACUACUUUGGCGUACAAAUUAUUCAAUGAUGAAUCAGUUUGUAGUCAUUUCGACUGUCGUGCAUGGUGCACAGUCAACCAAGAAUAUGAUGAGAAGAAGUUGUUGGUGAACCUUUUCAAUCAAGUGGCGGGCUCGGAUUUGAAGUUCAGCGAGGAUAUUGAUGUCACUGAUAUGCUACGGAAACAACUGUUUGGAAAGAGGUACCUGAUUGUGCUAGAUGACGUGUGGGAUACUAAUACAUGGGAUGAUUUAAAAAGACCUUUCCCUAAAGCUGAGAAAGGAAGUAGAAUUAUUUUGAUGACUCGGCAAAAGGAAGUGGCUUUUCAUGGAAAGGGCAACGCUGAUCCUCUUAACCUUCGAUUGCUAACACCAGAAGAAAGUUGGAAGUUAUUAGAGAAAAGGGCAUUUGGAGAACAGAGUUGCCCUGAUGAACUAUUGGAUGUUGGAAAAGAAAUAGCCUAAAAUUGUAAGGGACUUCCUUUGGUGUCUGAUCUGAUUGCUGGAGUCAUUGCAGGGAGGGAAAAGACAAAGUCAGUGUGGCUUGAAGUUCGAAAUAAUUUGAAUUCCUUUAUUUUGAACAAUUAAGUUGAUGUGAUGAAGGUUAUAGAAUUAAGUUAUGACCAUUUACCUCAUCAACUGAAGCCAUGCUUUCUCAACCUUGCAAGAUUUUCGAAGGACACAAAAACCAACAGAAAUGGGUUGAAAAUAUAUUGGCGUGCUGAAGGGCUUGUUGAAUGGACAGAGAUGAUGAGUGUGGAAGAAGUGAUGGAAAUUUAUUUGGAUAAUUUAAUUUCCAGUAGCUUGGUAAUUGAUUUCAGUGAGAUAGGUGAUUACCCGACUUGCCAACUUUAUGAUCUUGUGCACGACUUUUGUUUGAUAAAAGCAAGAGAGGAAAAGUUGUUUGUCUGGAUAAGUUCAAGUGAUCCAUCUUCUUCUUCAGAUUUGAUGCCACAUAUGGUAAAAAUUGAUUAUGAUAAGGAGCACUUUGAUAUUAACAAUUUGGUCCUGUUCAGUUCAAAAAUGAAAAGGCAUUCUAGUAAACACCUCUAUUCUUUGUUGAUAAAUGGAGACAAGAUGGAAGAUCGUCUUUGUUGAGGCUUCUUAGAGUGUUGAUCCUGUAUCCCUCCUUUAUGAUGGUGAAAGAUUCUUUUCUGAAUGAAA